AUGGUUCCGAAGAAUCAAUUGUCGCCCUGGAAGGGUGUUGUGUCUGGAACAACUGCCGCUAUUCUUGCCAAUGUCCUUGUAUACCCGUUGGAUGUAGUCAAAACACGACUACAGGUUCAAGUUCACCAGCACCGAACCAAGCAUGGAGACGAGGCAGCCGAUCACAGUAGAAUGCAAGACGCGCAGUAUACGGGUGCAGUCGAUGCGGUCCGGAAGAUAUUGCAACAAGAUGGUAUUUCUGGCUUAUACAGUGGACUUGAGAGCUCCAUUGCUGGCACGGCUUCCAUGAACUUCGCAUACUUCUACUGGUCUGCCGCCGCUCGAACUGUGUAUCAACAUGCCCUUCGAUAUCACGGCAUCGAGGACUUCAAUAGCAUCAUCAAAGAGUUUGGCCUUGGGGCCGUCGGUGGAGCUCUGGCGCAAUUAUGCACGACUCCCAUUUCAGUGAUAGCUACGAGGCAACAAACACGCAAGGCAUGUGAUGGGCAACAGUCCAUGUGGGAGACUAUGAUGGAGAUUGUCUCCAGCGAGGAUGGGUGGACCGGCUUAUGGAGAGGAUUAAAGGUCAACCUCAUACUUGUGAUCAAUCCCAUGAUCACUUAUGGCGUUUACCAGUGGUUGAGGGGUGGUCUUGUCGGCUUAAAGAAGCAUGUUGGAUCUCUAGAUGCUUUCUUGCUCGGUGCCCUUUCAAAAGUUCUGGCAACCAUUGCCACGCAUCCUCUCAUCGUAGCGAAGACUAUGUUGCAAUCAAAACCCCCACCGCAGCGCCGUGGUAGACCAUUUCGGGGCUUCACCGAAGUCCUGGUCUAUAUUGUGAAGCAUGAGGGAGUCCUCCGGCUAUAUAAAGGUCUAAUCCCACAGAUAGUCAAGGGAUUCGUUGUCCAAGGUCUUAUGAUGAUGUUGAAAGAAAGGUCAGUCUUUUCAUUCCGUAUCUCUAUAUCAUGCUCUAUUGACGCACAGAGGCAGGACCGAAACCCUUAUGCUGAUGCUACUUUCGCUUCAUCAACAGCAUUUGUACCGGAAAUUGGCUCUUAA